AUGUCUAACAAUACUGAAACUACAACCGCAACUUCUACUACUCAAGUAUCAGAAAGCACUGUACCAGAAGAUACCGUUCUUACAACUACACAAGAUGCAGAAUCUAAAUCACCAAUUACUCGUGUUGUUGUUAUUGCUAUUGACCAUUCAACUCAUAGUCAACAAGCAUUCUAUUGGGCGCUAAAGAACUUCUUACGAAAAGAAAACGAUUUGGUUGUGUUGGUCAAUGUUCGAUCGAUUCCGACAGUUCCUGGUCCAUAUGCAGCAAUUGGCGCUAGUUACAUGGAUUUCAGUGAAGUUGUGACAAGUUUGGAAGAACAGCAUCGACUUAGUAGCCAUUCAUUAUUACAAGACUUUGCUUCGAAAUUAAAGGCUCAAAAUUUCGCGUGCAAAGCUAUAGCGAUGAAAGGUGACGCACGUGAUGAAAUUGUUCGAAAAGUGGCCGAGCUCAACGCUGACGCAUUGGUGAUCGGGUCACGUGGUUUAGGAGCAUUAAAACGCACACUUUUAGGUUCAGUAAGCGAUUAUUGUAGUCAUAAUUGUCAUUGUACUGUAAUCAUCGUAAAGGAACGAGUUGAACAAAAACAGUAA